ACCCUUUCACACAUAAUCACAUUUUGCCACCUCACGGUUGUCAAGAGGAGAGUCAAAAUAACAUCUCCCAAAACAAAACAAAAUGCAUUGUGAGAGAGUUCGUGGGUUGCCCUGCCUUGCUUCGCUGUCGUUUCGCCGGCCAAAGACACAACAAUUAUUGCCGUUUCACUGUCUGCUUUGGACAUCUCUUUCUUCUCUCCAACAGUUUGAUUUGACAAUUCACGAUGAACGACCUUCUCACUGAUUCAUUUGUUGGUGAAGCUAGUAAUGGCCAGCCUUCUAGAGAAAGUGACAUUGAAAUGGGACAGGUUCCGAGAAGUAACUCUGAUAUGGGAAUGGAAGCUUUUAAUAAGCAGAUCCAUGAGGCUGAUAAACAGAUCGAUAAGUUGGCGGUGCUACUUCAAAAGCUAAAGGAAGCUAAUGAGGAAUCGAAAGCUGUUACAAAAGCAUCUGCCAUGAAAGGCAUCAAGAAAAGGAUGGAGAAAGAUAUUGAUGAAGUUGGGAAGAUUGCUCAUGGUGUUAAAACAAAGAUUGAGGCUAUAAACAGAGAUAACCUAUCUAAUAGACAAAAGCCUGGCUGUGAGAAGGGAACGGGUAUUGACAGAGCAAGAAUGAAUAUGACAAAUUCCUUGACUAAAAAAUUCAAGGAUCUCAUGACAGAGUUCCAGACUCUUAGACAAAGAAUACAAGAUGAAUAUCGUGAGGUUGUGGAGAGAAGGGUUAUAACAGUUACUGGGACUAGGCCAGAUGAUGAGACUAUUGAUCGCCUGAUAGAAACUGGAAACAGUGAGCAAAUCUUCCAGAGAGCAAUCCUAGAAGCAGGCCGAGGACAGGUAGUGAACACAGUAGAAGAAAUUCAGGAGAGACAUGAUGCUGUGAAAGAGAUUGAGAAAAAACUUCUUGAUUUACACCAGAUUUACCUUGACAUGGCAGUCUUAGUUGAUGCUCAAGGAGAAAUUCUAGAUAACAUUGAAAGUCAGGUCAACAACGCAGUCGAUCAUGUCCAGAGAGGGACAAGUGCACUUCAAAAUGCUAAGAAACUCCAGAAGAACUCACGAAAAUGGAUGUGCAUUGCCAUCAUUAUACUGUUGAUAAUAGUAGCUAUCAUAGUUGUGGGUGUUCUCAAACCUUGGAAGAGUAGCUAGGGUUCUUGAGUGUGUGGCCCUGUACCUUUUGUCCAUAACAUAUGCAUUUGUGUCAAAAGGACAUCUUAGAGCGGGAUUUUUAUAAGCCUUCUUAUUUUGUAUGAUCGAGAUGCUUGUUUUGUGUGGUGUGACUGAUUUCUGUAUACAUUCAUUGUGGUGUCUCACGAUAUAAAUUCAUAUUCUUUGUAGCCCUCAAAGCUUUAUCAGGGUAUUGUGUUUCCUUGUAUUAUUCUAUAAAGCUGUUUUUCCUGUCA